GGGGCGGUGGCCCAGCGGCGGGAGAUUCAAACCUGGAAGAAGAGGAACAUGGAGGGAAGAGGAGCGGUCCCAGGCCGUGCGGUCUAUGAGCGCCUCACAGCUGAGGAGAUGGAUGAACAAAGGCGGCAGAACGUGGCCUACCAGUAUCUUUGCCGGCUGGAGGAAGCCAAGCGCUGGAUGGAGGCCUGCCUGAAGGAGAAGCUCCCUCCUCCAGUGGAGCUAGAGGAAAGCCUCCGGAACGGUGUGCUGCUGGCCAAGCUGGGCCACUGCUUCGCAUCUGAUGUGGUUCCCCUGAGGAAGAUCUACGAUGUGGAGCAGCUGCGCUACCAGGCAACUGGCCUCCAUUUCCGGCACACGGACAACAUCAACUUUUGGCUGUCUGCAAUAGCCCAUAUCGGUCUCCCUUCGACCUUCUUCCCGGAGACCACAGACAUCUACGACAAGAAGAACAUGCCCCGCGUAGUCUACUGUAUCCACGCACUCAGUCUCUUCCUCUUCCGCCUGGGCGUGGCCCCUCAGAUCCACAAUCUGUAUGGGAAAGUGAAAUUCACAGCCGAGGAACUCAGCAACAUGGCCUCUGAGCUGGCCAAGUAUGGCCUACAGCUGCCUGCCUUCAGCAAGAUCGGAGGCAUCCUGGCCAAUGAGCUCUCCAUGGAUGAGGCUGCAGUCCAUGCAGCUGUUCUUGCCAUCAACGAGGCUGUGGAGCGAGGGAUAGUGGAGGACACUCUGGCUGCCUUGCAGAAUCCAAAUGCUCUUCUGGAGAAUCUUCGAGAGCCUCUGGCGGCCAUCUACCAGAAGCUGCUGGCCCUGGCCAAAACGGAGAAGACUGCCAAUGCUAGGAACCGCGAGAAUGGAGACAGCCAGGACAUCUAUGACAGCUUCCUCACCCAGGCUGAAAUCCAGGGCAACAUCAACCAUGUCAAUGUUCAUGGGGCUCUAGAAGUUAUCGACGAAGCCCUGGAGAGACAGAAUCCUGAGGCCUUGCUUGAGGCCCUGCAGGACCCAGCACUGGCCCUGCAAGGAAUAAGGCAUGACUUUGCCAACUGGUAUCUGGAGCAGCUGAACUUGGACAGGGAGCAGAAGGCCCAGGAGCUGGGCCUGGUGGAGCUUCUGGAGAAGGAAGAGGUCCAAGCUGGUGUGGCUGCAGCCAACAUAAAAGGCAACGAGGAGCAAGCUAUGCUCCGUGCUGUGCAGAGGAUCAACAGAGCCAUCCAGAGGGGCCUAGCAGCUGAUACCGUGCAGGAGCUGGCAUGCCCUGAAGCCCAGCUGCCUCCAGUGUAUCCCUUUGCAGCACCCCUGUACCAGCAGGGGCUGACUGUGCUCCAGCAGCAGCGGGGGGAGCUUGGCCAGGAGGAGCUGUUUGUGGCUGUGGAGAUGCUGUCUGCUGUGGUCCUGAUUAACCACGCUCUGGAGGCCGGGGACACCGGCAGCUUCCUGAGCAACCUAUUGAGCCCUGCCACAGGCCUGGCUGAGGUGGAGCGAGAGAACAUGCAACGCUACUUUGACACCUUGGUGAUGCUGCGUCAGGCGCGUGGGGUAGACACAGCCAUGUUGAGCUGGAAUGACCUGCAGGCCGUUGUAAGCCAGGUCAAUGCCCAGGUUCAGGACGAGACUGACCAGGUCCUUGCAGUCAGCCUCAUCAAUGAGGCACUGGACCAGGACAACCCUGAGAAGACGCUGUCUGCCCUGCUGCUCCCCACGGCCGGCCUGGACCACAUCAGCCUCCCGGUAGCCCCGAGGUACCACCACUGCCUCGUGGCAGCCAAAAGGCAGAAAGCCCAGGUAACAGGGGACCCUGGAGCUGUGCUGUGGCUGGAGGAGAUUCGCCAGGAAGUGCUCAGAGCCAAUCAGGACACAGACAUCGCUCAGAGAAUGGCUCUCGGAGUGGCUGCCAUCAAUCAGGCCAUCAAGGAGGGCAAGGCAGCCCAGACUGAGCGGGUGCUGAGGAACCCCGCUGUGGCUCUGCGGGGGGUGGUCCCCCACUGUGCAGACAGCUACCAGCGAGUCCUGGAGAGCGACAUGACCAAGAAACAGCACCCAGGGGACACAGCCCUCUGGGUUCGGCAUGACCUGAAGGAUGGCACCACCUACUACUUCCACCUGCAUACUUUCCAAGGGACCUGGGAGCACCCUCGAAGCUGCCAUCUCAACACCUCUCACCUGACCCGGGAGGAAAUCCAGUCAGCUGUCACCAGGGUCACGGCCGCCCAUGACCGCCGGCAGCUCUGGAAGGCUAACGUCGGCUUCGUCAUCUGGCUCCAGGCCCGUUUCCGGGGCUUCCUGGUGCGCCAGCAGUUUGCCAAGCGUUUCCACUUCCUGAGGACCUGGUCGCCCGCCGUCAUCAGGAUCCAGGCCUACUGGCGGGGCUAUCGACAGCGGCGCAGUUACCAGGAGCGGUUGCAGUAUUUGAAAUCGCAGGUGGAUGCAGUGAUCAAGAUCCAGGCAUGGACCCGCAUGUGGGCAGCUCGCCGGCGAUACCGGAGGCGUCUGGGCUACUUCCAGAAGAAUGUCAGCUCUGUAGUGAAGAUCCAGGCAUUCUUCCGAGCCAGGAAAGCCCGGGAUGACUACUGGACACUAGUCCAUGCCACCCACCCCCCACUCAGUGUGGUGCGCAGAUUCGUCCACCUUUUAAAUCAGAGCCAGCAGGACUUCCUGGCUGAGGCGGAGCUGCUGAAGCUCCAGGAAGAGGUGGUCAGGAAGAUCCGGUGCAACCAGCAGCUGGAGCAGGACCUCAACCUCAUGGAUAUCAAGAUUGGCCUGCUGGUGAAGAACCGAAUCACCCUGCAGGAGGUGGUCUCUCACUGCAAGAAGCUAACUAAAAAGAACAAGGAGCAGCUGUCAGAUAUGAUGGUUCUGGACAAGCAGAAGGGAUUGAAGGCAUUGAGCAAGGAGAAGCGGCAGAAGCUAGAGGCUUACCAACACCUCUUCUACCUGCUUCAGACCCAGCCCAUCUACCUCGCCAAGCUCAUCUUCCAGAUGCCACAGAACAAAACCACCAAGUUUAUGGAAUCAGUGAUUUUCAGCCUGUACAACUAUGCCUCCAACCACCGCGAGGCCUAUCUCCUGCUCCAGCUAUUCAAGACUGCACUCCAGGAGGAAGUCAAGUCCAAGGUGGAGCGGCCCCAGGACAUGGUGACAGGCAACCCCACAGUGGUGAGGCUGGUAGUGAAGUUCUACCGCAACGGCCGGGGCCAGAGCGCCCUCCAGGAGAUCCUGGGCAGGGUGGUCCAGGACGUGCUGGAGGACAAGCAGCUCAGCAUCCACACGGACCCCGUGCACCUCUACAAGAGCUGGAUCAACCAGACUGAGGCCCAGACGGGCCAGCGCAGCCACCUCCCCUAUGAUGUCACCCCAGAGCAAGCCUUGAGCCACCCUGAGGUCCAGAGACGCCUGGACAUCGCCCUCCGCAAGCUGCUCACUGUGACUGAGAGGUUCCUGGGGGCCAUUGUGUCUUCUGUGGACCAGAUCCCGUAUGGCAUGCGCUACGUGGCCAAGGUCCUAAAGACAGCGCUGGUGGAGAAGUUCCCUGAUGCCUCAGAGGACGAGAUCUACAAGGUGGUAGGGAACCUGCUGUAUUACCGAUUCCUGAACCCAGCUGUGGUGGCCCCUGACGCCUUCGACAUUGUUGCCCUGUCUGCGGGCGGUGCCCUGACUGCUCCCCAGCGUCACGCCUUGGGGGCCGUGGCGCAGCUCCUGCAGCAGGCAGCAACGGGCAAAGCCUUCUCAGGGGAAAGCUGCCACCUUCGGGUGCUUAACGACUAUCUGGAGGAGACACAUGUCAAGUUCAGGAGAUUCAUCUGCCGAGCAUGCCAGGUGCCAGAGCCCGAAGAGCGCUUUGCGAUGGACGAGUACUCAGACAUGGUGGCCGUGUCCAAGCCUGUGGUCUAUGUUACCGUGGGGGAGCUGGUGAACACGCACCGGUUGCUGCUGGAGCACCAGGACUGGAUCGCCCCCGCUCACCAGGACCCCCUGCACCAGCUCCUGGAAGACCUCGGGGAGCUGCCCACAGUCCCCGACCUGGUCGGACAGAACAUAGCUGCAGAUGGGAGUAUGGACCUCAGCAGGCUAGAGGUGUCCCUGACUCUCACCAGCAAGUUUGAUGGGCUGGAGACGGAUUCAGACGAGGCCAGCGCCCAGAGUCUGCUUCUGAGCACCAAGCAGAUGCUGGCCGACAUCAUGCAGUUCCACCCUGGGGACUCGCUGGAGGAAAUCCUGUCCCUCUCAGCUUCCAGAGAGCAGGAGAUGGCCCACAAGCGGCUAAUGUGCAGACGCCAAGCCUGCGAGGCGCAAACCCCGGAGCCGCUGCGUAGACACCGCUCGCUGACCACUCAUGCACUCCUGCCACUGGCCGAGAAGCAGCGGCGCAUCCUGCGGAGCCUGCGCCGGCUGGAAGGCCUGGGGCUGGUCAGCGCCAGUGAUGGCUACCAGGGGCUGGUGGACGAGCUGGCCAAGGACAUCCGAAGCCAGCACCGGCAUCGGCAGCGACGGAAGGCAGAGCUGCUGAAGCUGUGGGCCACACUACAGGGCCUGAGUGCCAAGGCCACAUUCUACGAGGAGCAGGGUGACUACUACAGCCAGUACCUCCGAGCCUGCCUGGACCACCUGGCCCCCAGCUCCAGGAUCUCCAAGAAAGGAAAGAAGCAGCCGAGCCUCCACUACACUGCUGCCCAGCUCCUGGAGAAGGGGGUCUUGGUGGAGAUUGAGGAUUUGCCCACCUCACACUUCCGGAAUGUGAUCUUCGACAUCAUCCCCGGGGACGAGGCGGGCAAGUUUGAAGUGAAUGCCAAGUUCCUGGGGGUGGACAUGGAGCACUUUCAGAUACACUACCAGGACCUCCUGCAGCUCCAGUAUGAGGGAGUGGCUAUCAUGAAGCUCUUCAACAAGGCCAAGGUCAAUGUCAACCUCCUCAUCUUCCUCCUCAACAAGAAAUUCCUACGCAAGUGAUGGAGUCUGGGGGUGCCGCCUGGGCUGCUCUCUCCUCCCCAGAUGCUUUUCUCAACACUAGUGGAGUGUUCACCUUCCCUGCAGGUGCCCAGAGCCAAGCCAGGGUUGCGGGGGCCCAGCCUGCCCUCAACUGGAAGUCUGCUGCCCCGGGCCUGGCCUUGCUGCCCCUCACCUACUGUGUGGCUUUUGACCCCUAAGUUCUUUCUUGCCACAGGGCCAACACCAGCCAUGGGCCUGCCCAAAAGGUGCCAGCCAUGUGCACUAGCCCUCCCAUGUCACCUGGUGUUAUACACACUGCGUGGGGGCCUGCUUCCCCAUCUCUCCACAGCUGGGCCUGGUGCCCACCCUGUGCCCCUGCAUCAGCAAUGGGUGUCCUGUGCUCCCUGCACCCUAGCCCUUACCCUCCUCCACUGACCCCAGACCCCUAUCUUUGUUUUGUAUGGGCCACUAGGGUAUUUAUUCUCUCCCUGCAACCCCCCCCCCCCCCCGUGCCUAGCAUCUCUGCAUCCUUAAGGUCCUUGAGCUCCCAUUUUUUCAAGCUUCCAAGUAAGUGUUCUUACCUCCUCUGCCAGUUCUGGUCCCUAGACCUCAUGCUGGUUCCCACCCCCACCCCCUAGUUCCCUUCCAAUCCACAGAGAGUUGUCCUCCCUUUUCUCCUGUGUCCUCAGAACCCUUGCACCUGCUAACUGUCUCUGUAGUCUUGCCUUUGCCACUGUCUCUCUCUUAUCCUCCACACCUAUUCCACUUCCUGUUUCUGUUCCUUUCUAAUUGCACUCAAUAAAAA